AUGCAUCAAUCCAGCACAACCCAACAGGGCCGGUGGAGGCACCUUUACAAGGUUCUGUCUAAGCCUGGCCCGCACUGUGAUGAAGACUGGGUUCCAGGAUCAACGACAAUCGAGACGCUUGAGUCUUCAAGGAUUCUUGUAAUCGGGGCUGGCGGACUUGGCUGUGAGAUCCUCAAGAAUCUUGCACUAUCGGGAUUCAAGGACAUCCAUGUGAUUGACAUGGAUACCAUCGGCAUUUCUAAUUUAAACCGACAAUUUCUGUUUCGCCAAUCUGAUAUUGGAAAGCCCAAAGCCGAAGUUGCUGCUGCUUUCGUAGAAAAGCGAGUGAAGGGAGUCAAGAUUACGCCAUUUGUUGGUAAGAUUCAGGACAAAGAUGAGGAUUUCUACAUGCAAUUCAAAAUUGUCAUCUGCGGUCUGGAUAGCAUUGAGGCUCGUCGGUGGAUCAAUGCAACGCUGAUAGGGAUGGUCGACCCCGAGGAUCCCGAAAGUCUGAAACCUCUGGUCGAUGGAGGAACUGAAGGCUUCAAGGGCCAGGCCCGUGUCAUUUUACCAACACUUACCUCUUGCAUCGAGUGCCAGCUUGAUAUGCACGCCCCUCGCCCGGCAGUCCCACUCUGUACAAUUGCAACCAUUCCACGCCAGCCACAGCAUUGUAUUGAGUGGGCGCAUCAGAUUGCGUGGCAGGACAAGAGAAAAGAUGAUUCCUUCGACAGUGAUGACAUGGAGCACAUAUCGUGGGUCUAUCAUGCUGCCUUGGAGCGCGCAGAGCAGUUCCACAUCCACGGAGUGACGUUCCAAAUGACCCAGGGCGUUGUCAAAAAUAUCAUCCCGGCGAUUGCAUCGACUAACGCCGUGAUUGCCGCGUCUACCACGUCGGAGGUACUGAAAAUUGCCACGGGAUGCAAUCCUUAUCUCGAGAACUAUAUGAUGUACGCUGGUGAGGAGGGCGUCUAUACCUACACCUUCGAGGCAGAAAAGAAACCGGACUGUCCAGUGUGUGGCAAUCUCGCUCGCAAACUGGAUGUGGAUCCUGAAACAACGUUGGGCGACUUUAUUGAGAGCCUCGGUGAAAGAGCCGAAGCCCAGUUGAAAAAACCUAGCAUGCGGACUGAAGAGAAGACCUUGUACCAGCGCUUCCCACCGCAGCUUGAAGAGCACACUAGGCCUAAUCUGCGACUGAAGCUGCGAGACCUCGUGGAAGAUGGAGAGGAAAUCGCAGUUAGUGACCCAGCUUACACCAUCGACUUCCGCUACCGCCUUACAUUCAAAUGA